AUGCAUCCCUCUCCUCCCAAAAUAUCGCUGCGGCUACGCUGGGCUGUACGCUGACUUGGAAGACUUUACAGCAUUGGUACAGCUUUUCUCUUGGAGAACAGUAUAUAGCCUGCACGUGCUAAGAGAUCUCGUCCCCCGGCCCUAUCACUGUAGUCUCGUUAGCUCAACUCCACGACAACAGCGACUGCCAGAGUAGAUCAUGAAACCCCCCACCAAACUCCACAUCCCAAUCAGCGAAAAAUCCUCCCCAUUCUUCUCUUCCCCUUACCCACCCCACCAACCAUCUUCUUCCCAACUAUCACCUAUCCCUGACAGCUCGCCAUCUUCUGCCGCCUUCACCAACUCUCGUUCACCACUUUUACCAAUGUCUCCCAAGGUGCUUGAAAGUGGAUAUCCCUUUCCGGCGACGGCGCACACUAAUGCCAGCGGGCGAUGGGCGAGGAUGAGGAUGGUCUUGAGGCAAGGGGUCGUUCCGCAAGGUGUGCUGAGGAGGGCGUUGAUGCUAUUUAUGGUGCUUGGUUUGGCGGUGCUGGUGUUGCAUCGAAGUGGAACUGCUCUUCAGCUUGCGGAAAAGUACAACCCUGCUUCUACUCAAACAAAGUCUCGCCCUGCUUCUACUCAAACAGAGGCUCACCCUGCUUCUACACACACAGAGUCUCACGUCCCUUAUAUACCUCCCACCUCAAGCCCACACGGUGUUCGCGAGAUUGAUAUCUCCUCUGAACCUCUUCCCCUCGACGCUACUCUGCGCGAACGACUCGACGCAUGGAAGAAUGCCCCAGGUGGUCGGGGCGAGGUUGAAGGCGAAGUCGAGGCAGGCGGAUUCGUGGCUUGGAACCUCGAACAAUGCUCUACCAUUUCCGAACAACACAACACGCACAUGAUUCAGCAUUCCGCGAAUACGUGGGCGUCAUUGAACCGGACGCUGCUCCACAAGUAUAGGAUGGAGCUUGUAGAUCAUAUGGAAGGGGUGUUGAAAAGGAGAGAACAUGAGAAAUACGGAAAGGGGAGGGGGAUUGUGACGGUUGCGGGCAAUGCAGAUACCUUGCAGAGAGUAAAAUGGAGUCUGCAAAUGUUGAGGAGUUAUGGAAGCGAGCUGCCUGUCGAAAUUUACCAUUUUCCGUCCGAAGCCCCACCUGCCGAUGACCCGAUCCGUACCGAACUCGCCGAGUUGGGUGCCCGCCUCGUCGAAGCCAAAGGCCAAACACGGGACAAGGGCAAGAACAAGUCAUACCACCUCAAAGCCCUCGCUGUCGUCCAGUGUCCAUGGCAAGAAGUCCUCUACAUCGAUUCCGACUCGGUCCCGACCCGGGACCCUUUAUACAUGUUCGAUGCGCCGAAUUACAAGAGAUUGGGAAUAUGGGCCACCCCGGAUUAUUGGAAGACGUCGGCGAAUAAUCCCAUAUGGGCGAUUAUGGGGGUAAAAUGCAGGAAUGAGUGGGAGAUGGAGACGGGGCAGAUGUUUAUAGAUAAGAAAAGGCAUUUAGAUGUGUUUUUGUUGGUACAGUAUAUGCUUGAGAAUCAUCAUUUUUGGUUUGCAUUUUCCGACGGCGACAAGGACACCUUUCGCUGGGCUCUCCUCGCUCUUCGAAAACGAUGGGCCGUCCCCGGCCGCUGGGUGGGCGCUGGAGCUCUUCCUUCUGGUACAGCUUCUGGCGAUUUCUGCGCGCAUACUAUGCUCCAACACGAUUCAUGGGGCGAACCCCUCUUUGUGCACUAUAACCUUCUCAAACAAAUACCCUCGGGUGUCGGCCGGGGCUAUUCGUGGGGCCGGACAAAGCAGUUGCCGCUCUUCAACACUUGGCCUGCGACCCCCGCCACGGCGAGACUGGGCGAACCGGAAAGGAAGCCGGAGGAUGGGGAUAAGAGAGGAUUGGGGGAUGUGGAUUGUGAUAUGUUGGCGGAUGCGGGGGAAGAUGGGAGAGCGAGAGGGGAGGCAAAGGAGAUGGUGAUGAGGAGGGCGGCGAGGGAGAGGGGGGUGAAAGUCAAGUAUCAUGGAGGGGUGACCUCGGCUUUGUGUAUCGACUUGGAGUAUAUCGACCCAAGGCCGACAGAACGACAAGAAGAAGAUGCCGCUCGACGUGCCGCCCUUUCCGCCUCUGCCGCGCUUACCCCCCAAUCUACUUCUGCUGACGGUGAUGGGGCCGAUGAUACACCUGCACCGGAAUGGGUAGGUGUCGUCGAACCGGACUGGAGCCAGUCGCCGAUAGAGAUUGUACAUUGGAGGGAUGACGAGCAUUUGAAGAGUUUUGAAAAGACGAUAUAUGAUUUUGGGUUCAAGCCUUCUGGAAAGGGGUUUUAAUAAGGUUCUUGGAACUUGGGCCCUGUUGUCAGACUGUUAUGAGGCAUAAUACGGAAAGAAAAGGGAUAAGAAAAGAGAAAAGGGGAUGAAGGAAAGGGCUGAGCUGGCUCUUGGUUCUAUAUCGAUCGAUUGAUGGAGCGAAAACGCAGUUGAAUGAGCAUAGACAGUUUAAUCAUCUUUUUUUGUAUCUUCUUAGCAUGUAAAGUAAUAGAUUGUUUGACGAAUGAAAUGUUUAUGAAUACAAUAC